AUGAGAGAGUCUCCGAGUUCAUCCAUGGAUCAACGAUCAGUGUUGUAUGAGGAAGAAAUCAAGCUGUCAAUGCUACGACAACAGUUGGCACUUGAAGAAUUAAAGUUGCUGGUGAUUAAAAACGAUCUUGCUCGAGCUCAACUAGAAAGGGAAACGAUAGCCACAGAACGAGAACGCUUUGAACUGGAACGAGCCAAGCAUGAACAAUAUGCGGAAGAGCUGAAACUAUUCUCAUUACAACAAGACCUGGCUCGAGCUCAGCUGGAAAAAGAGAUGAUUGCAUUGGAACGUGAACGACUUAAAUUGGAGAGGGAGAAAAAGGUGAGAGACCUUAAGACUGCGCAUGAUUUCAAGUCAGGGGAAAAAUGGAAAGAUCACUCUGUGUUCAAAGAUUUAUAG